GGGAAAUCCAAGGGCUGUUCCUCUUUGCUGACGUAAAGGUCACCACCGGAAGAAGGCUACAUUUACUGUAUUCAAGAUGGCGGCCCCCUUAUGUCAGUGUUACCAGAUAUGUCUAAGAAGAGGUUUGGUUGCCUUCCCUUCCACUUACGUGCUGCUACCGAACAGAACCAACGUUUACAGGAUAUGUGGGCUCCCAUCAAGAUCCUCACAGCCUCCUCUUCUUCAGGUGCGGUAUAUGUCAGAAGAGAAAGGCAGAGGGAGAAAAGGUUUCUUGGGGGAGUUUUUGGAUAACCUCAAGCAGGAACUGAACAAAAACAAAGAAAUGAAAGAAAACAUCAAGAAGUUUCGGGAAGAGGCCAAAAAACUUGAAGAGUCAGAUGCACUGAAACAAGCUCGGAGGAAAUAUAAAACCAUAGAAUCAGAAACAGCGAAGACCUCAGAGGUUCUGAAGAGGAAGUUGGGAACCAUUUCUGAGACUGUUAAAGAGGGGCUGGAAGAGGUCAGUCGUACAGAAAUUGGUAAGAAAAUCAAGGAGGGAAUGGAGGAAGCAGCAAAAACAGCAAAGACUUCUGCAGAAACGGUCUCCAAGAGUGGAGAGAUGCUGGGGAAGACGGGUGCGUUCAGGGCAAUAUCUCAGAGCGUGGAGAGUGUGAAAAAGGAGAUCGGUGACCUUGGCCAAACGGGACCUUACAGAUCGCCAGCCCGACUCCGAAAGAGGACAGAGUUCUCGUCCAAAGGACCGGGGGAAGACGGAAAGGUCUUCGAAGCCAACGAGGAAGCUACAGGUGUUGUGUUGCACAAAGACUCAAAAUGGUACCAGCAAUGGAAAGACUUCAAGGACAACAAUGUGGUCUUUAAUAGAUUCUUUGAGAUGAAAAUGAAGUACGAUGAGAGUGACAAUGUCAUCAUUAGAGCUUCCCGUGCCGUCACUGACAAGAUGACAGACAUCAUAGGUGGUAUGUUUUCAAAGACAGAAAUGUCAGAGGUUUUAACUGAGAUCUUGAAGGUGGAUCCAUCUUUUGACAAGGAUUCUUUCCUGAAGCUGUGUGAACAAGAUAUCAUCCCAAAUAUUCUCGAGGCGAUGAUCAGAGGGGAGCUGGAGGUACUGAAGGAUUGGUGUUAUGAAGCGACAUACAGCCAGCUUGCUCAUCCUAUUCAGCAAGCCAAAGCCAUGGGACUUCAAUUCCACUCUAAGAUUCUGGACAUAGACAAUAUAGACCUGGCCAUGGGAAAGAUGAUGGAGCAGGGUCCAGUUCUGAUUAUAACUUUCCAGGCUCAGUUGGUGAUGGUGAUUCGAAACACUAAGGGCGAGGUGGUGGAGGGAGACCCCGAUAAAGUGCUCAGGAUGAUGUACGUGUGGGCUCUGUGUCGAGACCAGGAAGAGCUAAAUCCAUAUGCUGCCUGGAGACUACUGGACAUCUCCGCCUCAAGUACUGAGCAGAUCCUCUAGGAUUCUUUGAUAUGCACAAAACGCACCAACCCAGGAACAGAACACGCUGUACGCGAACAGGUCCAGGAGCAGCCUGGAGAGACGAGAAAGAGGGGAAGACCUAUAGGAAUCAGCCGAUAUGGCAUGGGCAUUUCAGCACAAAAACACUGUGGCGUAGUGUUACUAACCACUGUAGGUGCCUCUCUGUGUCAUAUUUUGUUUUAUCUUUUCUUUUUUUUUUACUGUAGUUUCUUUGGGUUAAACCAGUUUUUUGUUUUUUUUCUUUAAAUGCCUGAGUUGUUUGCGAUUGUUUCUCUGGCUCACAGUAGAGGGCAGCAGACCACCAUAAACAUUCACCUGAAGUAAUUUUCUGUUGCAUGAAGAUGGCUCACAUUCCUUCCCAUUCCGAGGAAUAGUAAAUUUAUUAACUAAAAUUCAUCUUCUCUAUUAUGACUGGUAAGACACCAUGAGGAUGCAAGUAUUUUUUGCCCAUCUGAUCGAGAUCAGGUUGGUUCCUUUAAGGCUGCCCCUCAUCUGCAAUCAGUCCAUCAUGUUUUUUUUUAUCUUCGUCUGAUUUGUUGUCAUAUGUUGCCAUAGCCAAUCAGAGCUCUGAUGUCCUUAUUAUUAUCCUAAUUUCUAUGAAUAUUUUGCAAAAUAAUUGUUAAAUUGUCAGCAAGUCUAUAUUUAUUAUGGAAAAAAUUAAAUAUGACAAUUUUUUUCCCAAAUAAGACACAUUUUUGGAGCUUCUAACAUUCAAA